UCGCGCCAGCUGUCAGUUCAAACGUGGUCAAACGUAAACAAACAGCGGCCGUCGUUGAAAAAGGGCCGCAAAAGUGUAGAAAAUUGCUUACAAAUAUCUUACCAAACUAAAUAUUUCCUUGAUAAACUUAAUUGUUACGUUGAUCGUUCGGUAAACAUCAUCCCCUUGACGCAGUUUGAUUUUCCCCAGCCAAGUGAGUAGCCACGUGUAUUAGCCCCGAAGGAAACAACCCGGGGCACGAUGGGUCCGCGGCGCUCGAUAUUCAAGAAGCCGCGGGGCAAGGGUGGCGGCAGCAGGCAGCAGCAGGGCUACAUGAGCAAGGACAUGAAGAAGAAGCUGAAGAAGGAGCAGGCCGGUCGGCCGCCGCCGACGCGCUUCCAGCGCAGCCUCAAGCACAUCGAGCGGGCACAGGAAGCGACCCAGGCCCAGAAGCGCCAGAUCGAGGCGGAGCGCAAGUACCGCCAGGAGUCGAAUGCGUCCUUCGCCGGGGGUGCCUUCAGCUCGAGCGACUCGGAGGAGGAGGAGGAGGAGGAGGGACAAGCGGACGGUGAGGAUGGGACCGCGUUCGAGGAGCUGGCGGUAGAGUUUAACGGCCCGCUGGGCCGGACGGUGAUUGACAGUGCGGACGAAAGCGAGGAGGAAGAGCCUGUCGACGAGGAGAUGGACGAGGAGGAAAUGGGUGAAGAGGAAGAGAUGGACGGGGAAGACGGGGCAGUGGGAAUGGAUGGCGAGGAGGAGCAAGAAAAUGAAGAUGAAGAUGAAGAUGAAGCGCUUAAAUUGGGAUCGGAAGCGAGCGAAUCAGAGGACGAGGAGGAGGAGCUAGAGGAGGAAGACCCCAACGACCUGUCGACGGACGAUGACGACGAGGAUGGUGCAGAGACGAACGAUCCGUACAUGCAGCACACGGCAUUCAACCUGAGCCCGGCCAUGCUGGAAACGAUUGCGGCCGAGCGGCCACGUGUCGAGCAGUCCAAGCUGUCCUUUCCCGGGCUCGGCAACGUGCUGGUCGAGCUGCCGAAGUGCGGCACCGUCGGCAAGCGCCCGGAACCGAGAGGCAUCUUCGAGACGGAACGGUACGCCAAACCGGGCACACUGCCGACGGUCCCGGAUCCGGACGCACCGAUCGACUGGAAGGCGCUGCACGUGAAGGACAAGAUUGCGCGCAACAUUACCGAGCCGCUCGAUGCGCUGCAGCGGGACACGUUCGCGAUACUGAACGCGUACCAGGAUCUGCACGUGACGCAGCGCAGCUUCGAGAAUGCGGACCGCUUCCGGUACGUCUACUGUCUGCACGCGCUCAACCACGUGCUGAAGGCGGUGAGCAAGAUGCAGCACCACACGGUCAAGCUCCAGGCGGCGAAGGCGGCAGGGCGGAAGAGGAAAAAGCCGGCCGAGGAUCAGUUCCGCCGGAAGCUGAAGGUGGCGACGGUCGGCGAGGAACCGCCGGUUGGGCUGGAGUGCCGUGACCAGGGCUUCGUCCGGCCGAAGGUGCUGAUUGUGGUGCCGUUCCGCGAGUCCGCCCUGCAGUGCGUGACCGUGCUGAAGCGGCUGUUUGCGGGCGAGGGGCAGGAGAAGGGCGUGCUCAAUUGGAAGCGCUUCACGGAGGAGUACGGCGGUGCGUCGAUGGCCUUUCCGCGCAAAAACCCCAAACCGGCCGACUACGAGCGCACGUUCGCGGGCAACAUCGACGACAACUUCCGGCUGUCGAUCGCGUUCAACCGCUCGACGAUGAAGCUGUACGCGAAGUACUACUCGUCCGACGUGAUCAUCGCGUCCCCGCUCGGGCUGCGCAUGGCGAUCGGGGCGAAGGGCGAGAAGUACCGGGACUACGACUUUCUCGCGAGCAUCGAGCUGCUGAUCGUCGACCAGGCGGAGGUGUGCUACGCCCAGAACUGGGACCACCUGCUGCACGUGAUGGAGCAUCUGCACCACCAGCCGAAGAGCACCGAGUACACGGAGUUUUCGCGCGUCCGCGAAUGGUGCCUGUCCGGCUGGUCCAAGUUCUACCGCCAGUCGGUGCUGCUGUCCGCGUUCGAGCUGCCCGACUUUCGCUCGCUCUACAACAAGCACUUUCGCAACUAUCGCGGCAAGGUGCGGACGGUCGCGCGCCGCGACCAGCAGGCGGCCGGCACGAUCCGGCGCGUGGUCGUGCCGGUGGCGCAGAACUUUCAGCGCGUCGAGACGAGCACGCUGGACGGGGCGGGGCUGGCCCGGUUCGCGCACUUCGUGAACGUCAUCCUGCCGCAGGCCCGCACGGUCGCGAUGGCCCGCUGCAUGAUCUACGUGCCGAGCUACUUCGACUAUGUGCGGUUGCGCAACCACUUCAAGAAGGAGGAAAUUAGCUUCACGCAGAUCUGCGAGUACACGCCGGACGGGAAGAUUGCGCGGGCGCGGGAUAUGUUCUUUCACGGCAGCAAGCACUUUCUGCUGUACUCGGAGCGGGCGCACUUCUUCCGCCGCCACCGGAUACGGGGCGUGCGGCAUCUGAUCUUUUACGGGCCGCCCGUCUUCCCGCACUUCUACCCGGAGCUGGUCAACCUGAUGAUGAAGGAGAAUCAGAACCCGCAGGACGGCGUGGACGAAGCGUCGAUGACGGUGACGGUGGUGUACACGCGGUACGACACGUACCAGCUGACCGAGAUGGUCGGGAUGGAGCGGGCGAACGCGAUGCUCAAGGCACCACGCUCGGUGCAUCGCUUUUCGACCGAUCAGAAGUGA